AUGGGCCGCAGUUAUAGUGGAAUUAAAAAUGCAGGAAAUGCAACACAGGGAAGCUCCGAGGCGUUCUACAAGCCCUGCCACCCCUCAGCCUGCGAGCCUUUCCUUAAAAGUUCCGAAGCCCCCGCUUCUUUACCUCAAGAAGGAACACGAAAGGAUGGGCCCAUUGAAGUGUGGCCUUUCCCUUUGGUCUUCGAGGGCUGCCAGCCCGGCGCGUGGCACCGCCGCCACGUGCGUUUGACCAACAAAAGCGACAUAGAGGAAACGCUCUCUGUCACUGCAUCCAAUCCGUCCUUGAUAUUUGUUCAUAAGGAAGAGCUCAAACUGCCACCUGGUGGCUCAGUCUUCAUACCAGUGAUCACUCGACUGCUGCCGGGGGAUAGCAGCGCGGGCGAAGCCUCACCUGCCGGCCCAGGACCAGCUCACGUUUUGCAGGAAAGCAUAGCUAUAAGAUCCUUAAAGUGCAGUCUAAAGCUCCCAGUUAUUAUUUAUCACGAGUUACUACCAAAAGCCCCAACAAUCUCGGACACAAGGCGGGGAGAUGCCUCGAAGUUUCCUGAAUGCUCCAGCAGUCAGCAGCCAGCGACCUGGCCCGAAGCCGUGCCCCUAAGCAGCUGCCGCUUUCCUGCUGCUGUCCGCUCCGCCUCUUCAGGUGGCCGCUGCUGCCUUGGCCGUAGGCCUGCGUGUGCGAGACGGGAAAGAAGCGACAGCGCCACACCAUCUUGCUGCAUGCCUUUGAGAGGGCCAGUUUCUUCAGUUUCUGCAGAAGGAGAGCAGCGCAGCUGGUCCUCUGCUGCUCCCUCUUGGGGCCCUUCCCCUCUUCUCACUUCAUCUCACCAGACGCAACAGCCGCAGCAGCAAACAGCAGUCAGCCCAGCACUGUGGGCCUGGCGGCUUCGCCUAGAAAGCCCCAGGCGCUCACGCGCGCUGCCUUCUUUUUCUGUUCCAUCUUCAGGUUCGAGGCAACACUCUCCAGAUCGCUGCAGCAACGGCAACUGCAACAGUAGCAGCAGCAGCAGUAGUAGUAGUAGUAGUAGUAGCAGCAGCAGCAGCAACAGAAAAGCUCCUCCGCUGGAACUACUAACACUUGACACGCUCUCCUCCGCUGCUUCCUCUCUUGACCCACACAGCAGCAGGUUGGAUGGACGUGCAAAGGGCACUGCAAAUGGUACGGAAGCCACAGGGGUCAGAGGCCACCAGGCCAGUGGCGAAAAUGCUGCAGCAAAAGGAGCAACGAACGACAGCAAAAUUCAAGAACCCACAGAACGGCUUUCAGAGGAGGGAAGCACCACUGCUGCUGCUGAAGGGUCCACAACAGGGUCGAGUGUGAGGAAAGAGGCGAGCCAACCACCGCAUGCACAGCAGCAGCAGGCACAAACCCCAGCAGCUACUGCUACGCCAACUGAAGCAGUUAGUGCCACCUUGAAUGCGAAAACAACGCAAACUGCUGCAGAGACAGAAGCAGCAGCAGCCUCGGCAGCGGUGGCACGCCUUCAAGCGGAAAAUUUGCUGCUGCAGGAGGCCCUGCAGCGCAGCAGAGAGGAAAUAGAAGCCCUUGAGUUGCUCGGAGAGAUGCAGCAAAAUGCACGUCAGGCUCUGCAGCAGCAGCAGCAACAACAACAACAGCAAACGCAGACUCAAAUUCACGUCACUGAAGACUGGCAACGGCAGCAGCGACUCCUACCACAGGACGGAGGAUCUCAGGGUCUAGCUGAGCAGAAGCUGCUAAAUCAACAGCAACACCAGCAGCAGCAGCAACAUCCAGAGCCCCAGCCACAGCCACGCGCUCAGCAACAGCCACCGCAGCAGCCACAGCCUCAGCAACAGCGACAGCCACAACAUCCGCCAGAGCAGUCACACGUGCAGUGCGGGUCGCAGCGGCAGCUGCAGCAGCAGCAACAGCCUCAGCAACAGCAACUGCAUCAGCAGCUGCCCCUUCAGAAGCAAGAGCCGCAGCAGCUGCUUCGUGGAGAGUCGCUGCUACCUACCGAACUGACAGUAGAUGAAAAACAGCUGUUCAUGAACAGCAGCGAAGAGGAAACAUUGAAAUCAUUUUUAGAGGAAAUGUACCCUUUCAAGCAGCAGAAAGAAAUUCUCGAUAAGACGAGCAUGGAUCAGACAGAUAUUCAAGUUUGCAGCAGCAGCAACAGCAGCAGCAUCAGCAGCUACAUCAAGAGCAGCAAUACCUGCUGCAAGUCGGUACAGACGGAGCAGAAAAGCGUGUUGGAUGAGCUGCGGAAGCAACACGAAGCAGCAGAGCGGCAGCAAGAAGAACUACAGACUCUUAAGAUUGCAUUUGCUGCGGCACAAGUGCAGCACGAGCAGCAGCGGGAGUUGCUUCAGCGCAAAGCUGAUGCAGCAGACGCAGCGGCAAAAGAAGCAGCAGCCGAAGCAGCAGCAGCCCAAGAACGGGUGAAGCGAUUACUUCUGCGUCUAGAGGAGCAGCAGCAGCAAUCUGCUGCUGCUGCUCGGACUGCUGCCGCGCAGUGUGCUGACCUCUCCCGCCGCCUUGAGGCCGCGCAGCACCGCGAGCAGCAGGUGAAAGAUCAAAUUGUUUCAGCUCAAAAGUGCCUCCGCUUCCUUUCUUCUUUGCAGCGAAGACAUGCAGCAUCAGCAGCAAAGAUGCACCACGGCAGGCGCAACCGGGGCAGCGCGCGACAGCACACAUACGCGAGCAACAGCAGCAGCUGCAGCAGCUGCAGCAGCUGCAGCAGCGAGGAUGGCAGCAGCUCCCCUCAGUACGCGUUUCCGCAUGCAGCUGAGCAGCAGCAGACACAGCGGCAAAUGGCUCCUCGAGCAUUUUGCGCGUUGGAGGUCCCUGCUGAGAUUCAGCAACUGAUGGACUCUCUAGAGAGUCCAGCUGAGACAGCAGCAGCAACAGCAGCAGCAGCAACAGAAGCUACAGUAGCAACAGCAGCGCACGAUGUUGCUGCUGGAAAGGCCAUGCCAGACAGGGUCUGCCAACUGGCCCGGGACGGAGUGCGUUUGCCUACUUCAGAUUACUAUUGCUUAACAACUCAGUCUGCACGUGGCCAGCAGCAACAGCAGCAGAAGCAGCAGCAACAACAACAGUUCCGGGCCGUUGGGGAGUCCUUUGCUCUUGUUCGCAAGAAGGACGGCUGCUGCUGCAGCAGCAGCAGCCGCCGCAGCAAGUGCUGCUGCAGCUGCCGUUCCAGCUGCUGGGAGCUGCAGCGGAGAUUGGGUGAAGCUACGGCCUCUCUUAUAGUUAAGACGCAGCUUCUAGCAGUUAAGGAAGCUGCUUUCAAGGAGAUGCAGCAGCAGGCAGCCGAAAAAGCAGCAGCAGCAGCAGCAGCAGAAGCUGCAGCAGCAACCGCUGAGAAAAAGCUGCUUUGCUCUUUGUCACGAAAUAUAUCAAUGCACGUGCAGUUCAACGCUGCUACUGCAGCGCAGCAGGAGCAACGUGCAGCGGCAGCGGCUGCUGCAGCAGCAGCAGAUGAGCUGCGGCAGUCCAACCAGCAGCUGCAGCUCUACGUAGAAGUAAUCAGCAGCGAGAGAGACAUUUGGAAGCAGCAGCUGCAGCAGCACAUACAGCAGAAACACGAAAAGGUAAGGAAGAUACAGCGGCAGCAAAUGCAAAUGCUUGAAGCACAAGGGCACUGCACAACUACCCAGCAGCAGCAGCAGCAGCAGCAGGGCGAUGACGAGCAGCAAAUUUGUCGCUGCAGAGCCAGCUACUCGGAGCUUCCAGAUGCAGCAAAUAGCGUUGAAGCAACAGAAAUAGCAGCAGCAACGGCAGCAACAGCAGCAACAGCUGCCACAGCUGAAACUGACCCUUUAGUCUGCGCUGUGCUGCAACUGGUGAAUGGCAUUGAGUGCUUGAAAAGAGAAAUAAUAAUUGUGAAGGCAGAUACAACAAAGGCGAACACAACAGACACGCGGAGCUCAGCAGACAACUCAAGCACAGCAGCAGGAGCAGCAGCAGCAGCCGCAGAAGCAAACACAACAGCAGCAGGAGAUCCUCUGCAGCAGUUGGCAGCAGCACAACCUGCAGCGGGGACUGUGUGGCGCUGGCCCACCGGUGAGCAGAAGCCACCACUGAGCAGCAGCAGCAGCAGCAGCAGCAACAGCGCAGAGCCAAGAGUGGGUGAAUCUGCGGGCUUGCGGGACCGGGGGGAGCUGGUGCUGCAGCAGCUGUGCAUUUCUUUGCUGUGCAUUUGCCGCCGUUUGUCUUUGAGCCGCCAAAUAGAAGAAGCAAGCAGCAAAAAGAACAAAGAGUUAGUUGAAAGAAUGAAAAAAGAGAUUUCCAAAAGAGUGGCGGCGCAAACAAAGGCAGCAAAUCUAUCAGCUCAGGUCCACGCUUUGGAAAGAAAAUUCUCUGUGCUGGAACGCUGUGCAGCGGCGGACGCUGCUCGAGCUGCAGCAGACCUUCAGAAACAGCAGAGUUUGCUGCAGCGUGAGAAGCAACAGACUCUCUUGGCCCUGUACGCGAGAGAACAGCAACAACAACUGUUGCUGUCCCAGCACUAUUCUCUGUCCCGUGAGGUUUCCCGGCUCCGAGGAGCCCUGCGCAAAGCGUUGGGGGGUGCCCGGCAGGAAGCAGCAGCAGCUGCUGCAGCAGCAGAGAACGCUGUCUUUCAGCAGCUGUCGCAGUGGCGAGAGUCCCUAGUCAAAACGACAGUUGAAGCAGCACAGAGCUGCUGCGCCUUCCCGUGCAGCAGCAGCAGCGGCACAACCGCCGCCACCUGCACCACAGCUUGCAGCAGCAGUGGCAGCAGCAGAAGCAGAAGCAGCAGCACAAGCAGCAGCAGCAGCAGGGGCCUGAAAUGCCUCUCAAAGCCCAUAGGGGCUUCCCAGAGAGCAGCAAGGGCCCAAGAAGGCCUCGCCCGGCGGCUGGCAGCUUCCGAAUUGGCUCUGCUGGAGCUAACGGAGGCGCUCAGCCAAGCAGAGCUCCGGCUGGCCUUUGGGGGCCCCCCUGCAGGGAAGGGGGGCCCCCAAGAAGCAGCUGGGAGGGGGCCCCCUGAGGGGCCCCCUGGAGGGGAGGCGGAGGGGCCCAGCGAGGCGGCACAGCGAAGUGUCGGCGCGAACGCAGGACAGCUGCGGGGGCAAACGGAGCCUUUACAUAUAUACGCAGCGUCAAAGGCCAGCAACGGCUGCAGCAGCUGCUGCAGCGAUGCAGCAGCGCCUCAGUCUCAGCAUGGCCGCUUCAGCAGCACGUGCUGCUGGUGCUGCAGCGACGCCAGCAACAGCAGCAGCAGCAACAGGAGCUGCAGCUGCGGCUGCAGCUGCUGUUACGGCCAAGAUGGCAGUACGUCCGUGCAGCUGCUGAACCAGCAGCAGCAACAGCUGCUUGCUGCGUACGCAGCACAGAAGCAACAGCUGCAGCAAGCCAGAGGGGCUCUGCAACGGUCAGAGGCAGAAAUGCAGCGGCUGAAAGACAAUUUGCUGCUGCUGCAGCAAUUCAAAGCUUGCAAAGAUGAAACCGCGCUAAGGGCACAAACAGCAGAAGUGGAAGCAGACGCACUCAGCUACAGACUCACAUACCUGCAGGAAGCAGUGGACAGGGAGCGGCAGCAGUGGGCCCAGGAGCUGCUGCUGCUGCAGCAGACGCAGCAUUCAGUUCUGCUGCAGCGCGUUGCUGCUGAGAAGAAGGGGCUGUAUGGGGCGCUAAGGGAGGCGGAGGCAGCAGCAGCAGCAGCGCAGCAGCAGCUGCAGCAGCAGCAGUCCGCAGCAAGCGCGCUGCAGCAACAGGUGCUGCUGCUGCAGCGAGAUGCAGCAGCACGCAUGCACACUGCCGAGCAGCUGCUUCGAAUCUUCACGCAUGCAAAAGCAAAUGAAACUGACGGUCUCGGCGCUUUGCUUUGCAAAGACACUAAAGAGUUGACGGGAGCAAAAGUGAAUGUGACUGCAGCCUCCGCGCAUGGCUUAUUGCAGCUCUUUCUUUCUCUUAUAAUUGAACUUUGCCUUCGCGUUGCAUUCCUCGAGAAGCAGCAGCAAGCGGCUCUGCAAACUCUGCCACGACUCCAGCAGCAGCAGGAAGAGCAGCAGCAGCAACAGCAGCAGCUCCUGCAGCGAAAGCAACAAAAAUCUCAGCAACCGCAAGAGAGCCUCAGGAGUCGAGCCUUGAUGAAGGACUCCCUCAUAGCCUACAGGCUACUUCUAGGGGCUUUCAUGCAUCAACUGCUGCAGCAACAGCAGCAGCAGCAACAGCAGCUGCAGCAACAGCAACAGCAACAACAGGGACAGCAGCAGCAACAGCAGCAACAACAGCGCGCGCAACAACAGGAAAUUAUCACGUCUCUCUCUGACACCUUCGGGAAGGGCCGCACAGCCGCAAGAACAGCAGUGGCACUUGCUGCGCCUGCUGCUGCUUCCCCUGCAGCAGCAGAAGCAAGUUGUGCUGCUGCUGUUGCCACUCCUGCGGCUGCUGCAGCUGCUCAGCUGCUGGAAAACGGGUUCCUCUCCCUUCAAGCAGCUGCCCCACAGUGGCGCAACAGCUGCGGCAAAUGUUUGGGCAACGGUUUGCUGUCUGCUGCUGCUGCUGCUGCUGCUGCUGCAUCGUCUGGCCCGCGGCGACAGCUGCGGCCUCGAGCAGCAGAGGAGAAAGCAAUCCGUUUGUUGCAGCAAAUCAGAUCUCUCGGGGGUCCACUGUUCUUUAUUGCAGCUGCGCAGCAGAGGCUUGCUGCGCUGCUGCAGCUAAUGGGGACUUCAUUUGGCUUUCGCGGGCCGCCCCCUACUGUUGCUGCUGCUGCAGCAAGACACGAAUUCCCUAACGAAGCAGUGGCAGCAGCAGAUGCAGCAGCAGCAGCAGCAGCAAUGAACAAAGAGGAUGCAGCUGAGUGCUCGCUGCUGCUGCGCGAACUGGAAAGCUCAGCAGCAGCAGCAGCAACAACACUUGAGCAUGCGCAGGCGCUGGCCCUUUCCCUCUCCGACUCUGUAGUAUCUUUAUUUGGGACUCUACAGGAAGACACAGCAGCUGAGCUGCCGACUGCAGGAGCAGCAGCUACAGCAACAGCAGCAGGAGGAGCAGCAGAAAGUGCAGAAGCGCCGUUUUUCCUUGAGAUGGCAGGAACAGCUAGAGCUCCAGCAGAAGCAGCAGCGACAGCAGCGGCAGCAGCGCCAACAGCAGCAACAGCUGCUGCAGUUGAGCCAUCAUCGGUGGAAACAGCGACAGCGCCACCAGCAGCAGCAGCAACGGCGCCACCGUUCGCAGCAACAGCGCUACCACCAGCAGCAACAGCAGCAACAGCAGCAACAGCAGCAGCUGCUGCAUCUCGGGGAGACGUCGGAAGCCACGCAAGGGAACCCGUGGGUUCCAACGGAUUCAGGCGUAGCUCCUGCAGAAUCGCUGCAGGAGCCAUGCGCAGCUCCUCUCAGGGUGCAGCAGGAGCAGCAGCUGCAGCUGCUGCAGCAGCUGCAGCAGGUGCAGCAGCCGCAGCAGUAGCGGCACCCACCCCUGCUGCUGCCUCAGCAGCACCAGCAGCAGCAGAAGCGGCAGCCCAUGAGUCCGAAAGCCCUGCAAUUAAGGGCCCCCAAGAUGCACUUCAAAGUCCAAAGAUGGCAGGGGGGCCCCCUGGGUUUGAGGGGCCCCCAGAUCUCGAAGAGUCCCAGAAAGGCUUUGACGCUGCUGCUUGCUGCAGAAUUGGAAAUGAAUUAAGCAUUAGAGGAGAAGAAGCAGCAAAUGAAAAAAAAGAAAACAAAGAAAUAAAAUGCAGAAAUCCAAAAUUCAACGAUGAGGCAUCUUGCGUUACAAGUGUACCGACAACAGCAAACAGGAGCGACGCGCCACAGCAGCAAACAGUGCAACAGACGUCCCAUUUGCUGCCGCAAAGAAAACAGCAAAAGCAGAAGCAGCAGCAGCAGCAGCAGCAGCCGUACAUGCAACGGCAGCAUAUGCAACAGCAACGCGUGCAACUGAAGCAACAGCUACUGUACCAGCAGUCCUGUCAGCAGUUGCUGCAGCAGCAGCAGCAGCAGCUGCUGCACCAAAAAAGGCUGCAGCAGCAACUGCAGCAGCAACUUCGCCCUUACAGAAACCAGCAGCAGCAGCAGCGCCAAAUUCAACAACAAGUGCAGCAGCAGCCGCUACAGGCGCAGCAGCAACGGCAGCUUCACCACUGCCGGCAGCAGCAGCAGGAACACCAACGGUCAGAGGCCAUUCGCAGUCAAUCAACUACAAUUGUAGCAGCCACAGCAGCAGCGGGUAAUGCAGCAGCAGUACAGGCAGCAGCAGCAGCAGUUCAAGGAUCCCCCUAUUCACAUUUUGUCUGUCCUGAAGAGUUUAAUGCUGUGAGAGGAGAUUUAUGCCACUCAACAAUGGCGUUUAGAAAAGCAUGCGCUGCUGCUAAUGCUGGAGAGCAGCAGCAACAACAGCAACAGCAGCAUCAACAGCAGCAAAUGUUGCAGCAGCGGCAGCUGCAGCAGCAGCAGCAGCAGCUUCGUGCAGCAGCUGCUGUCACGCAGCAGCAGCAGAAGCAGCUGCAGAAUAGCUGCACCUUUUCUCAGCAGCAGAAAUCGCAGCAACUGCAGCAGCGGCAGCUGCUACAGCAGCAGCUGCAGAAGCAGGUGCCAGGGCGACCUCAUUAUCGCCCCCAGCAAACCCAUUCCCAGGCCCAAACUCAUCACCAGCAGCAGCAACGUCAGCAGCAGCAGCAACAGCAGCAGCAGCAGCAGCCCACUACUCUAAACUGCAGCAUCACGCAGGCAGACACAAUUGCUUCAAUGAAACCAAGGCAGGGAGCUCUCUGCAGAAUUUACUUUACACAAAACAACGCAACAACAGGGGCAUCCGCUGCAGCAGGCGCGCCUGCUGCAGCUUUCACGACUGCAGCAGCAGCUGCUGCUGCUGCAGGUACCCCUGCUGAUACUCCUGCAUUUGCUGCUGCUGCAGCUUCUCCUGUCUUUGUGGCGCCGCAGCAGCCAGAGGCUGGCAGAGGCCGGGCUGCUGCUGCGCUGCUGCGCGCUUACAGUGCUCCCCGUGUACAGACACUGCAGCAGCAGCAGCUGCAGCAGCAGCAGCUGCUUGGCUUAGGAGGCCACGCCACUAGCAGCAGCAAACUAAAUCACAGAGAAGUGAACAAUUUCCAGGCACAAAAUGCAGCCUGUGCUGCAGUUGGUGGAGUGUACGUAUACCGGAGAGCCACCAGCUGCUCUGCUGCUGCUGCUCCCGCCUCUGCCUCCUCCCCUGCCUUAUUCAAAUGUUCAGAGGGGCCUUUGCGCUUGACUUUUGAGGACUCGUUUUGA